AUGCGACAAGUAGCAUCUAAGGGAUAUUAUUUGGUCGCGGCGCACAAUGAGAACCGAGCUCGACCCAUCGCCUCGUGCUCGCAGUACGGUGGAUGUGUGGCAACUAUCUUGAACUCAGUUGCCCACCGUGCAAAAUCUUUUGGUUGGGACCCCACUAAAUUGGGCAGGUGGGCAUAUGUACGCGUCCAAGGCAAGAAGUUUGCAAUGCCAACACCAGACAAUCAAGUUCGCGACGCUUCCGACGCUUCAAGGAGUCGGUUCUCUAGGGAUUUGGUUGUGGUGUCCGCGUACCGACCUAACCCUCCGGGGACUGGGGAGUCUACAGUGUGGGCACAACACCGGAGUUUCUUUCGCUCCCAAGGUCGACAGCGUGAACCAAGGGAGGCCUUUAUGGUGGACCUACUUCAAGCCAUCACCCAGUGGCGCGAUGAAGGAUGUGAAGUAAUUUUGGGGGUCGGCGCCAAUGAGGACAUCAGCUCCACUAAGCCCUCUUCUUUUCGACAACGCCUUCGCGAUGUUGGUAUGGAGGAAGCUAUCCUCCAACGACACCCUGGUCAAACGGCUGCCACUCAGCACCGGAACAAAAGGGGCAAACCGAUCGACGGCAUUUUCACGACCUCUGGGGUGGCUGUACAGGCUGGAGGCUACUACAACUUUGAUGAGUUUUUCUCGUGCGACCACCGCGGUCUUUGGAUUGAUAUCGACCUGGAGAAAUCCUUGGGCGGGUACAAACCACAGCAGACCCCUUACAAACCCCGCAAACUUACUAUGUUGGAUACUACAGCAGUCCGCCGUUACCUGCACCUCGUUCACAAAGGCUAUGAGGAAUACUCCAUCCCAUCUCGCUUGGCGUCCCUACAUCACCAACUACAACUAAAUGAAGGGACCAUGACAGCAACAAUGGGUCGUCAUUAUAACUGCCUGCACCGUCAGAUGUACGUCGUAAGGCGAAAGGCAGAGGAAAAAUGUAGACGGGUCACUAAUGGAUUGGUGCCCUGGUCUCCCAAGAUGCAACAGUUUUGGGAUUGUCAAUCCUUGUGGAAGAUCCUUUUGAAGGAGAGGAAGGGUUGCCGGGUGAGUUCGCGUAAAAUCCGCAGACUGAUGAAGAAGGUUGGGAUAUCGGACGCAUGGACAAAGACAACAACGGAAUUGGAGGCCGCCCUCCGUCAGGACCGGAAGGACUACCUUGAGGCUAAGACCCAUUAUGCUGUGAAGUGGCGCAAGGAAUUUUUGACUGUGCAGGCGGCGAAGUCCAAAAAGAAACAAUGGCGGUCGCAAAAGGCCAGAGAACGUUUCCUGCGGUUACGGCGGAUGAAGCAACGGGAGGAGGCGAGACGCCAACGCCGCGCUCAGGGAAAAGGAUCUACUGGGGGAUUACACGCGAUCCAAGUCGAAGAAAGGCUGCCUUCAGGCGAAGUGGGCUUGCGGACUGUCUCUGAAAGGAGUCAAGUGAAACAGGGGUGCAUGCAGGAGAAUUGCGCACGGUAUGAUCAGACCAGAUCGCCUCAUAUGACCCCUCCAAUGGAUGCUCCAUUGUACCAAAUGUUUAAUGGCCAUGACGCGGAACAAAACUCCCUGGCCCUUCUUGAAGGGCGUCUUCCUCUACCAGAUGGCAUUGACUAUCCAACUCGGUCUUUCCUUUCUCAGUGCAGGUUCCACAAAGAUCAUUCUAUGUCUCCUCUGGAGGUUUCUACUGAAGAUCACACCUACUUCUGGUCUUGGAAUCCGGAACACAAGGGCUCUGAACCUCAUGGCCUGCAUAAUGGCCACUUUAAAGCUGAGAUUCUCUGCCCUAUGAUCGCCCAGUGUGACGCCUUGUUUCGGCAUAUCCCUCUAACUACUGGGUUCGUUCCUGACAACUGGCAACAUUUAAUGAACUUUGCCAUCAAAAAGAAGCCCGGGGAGUUUCGCCUGAAGAAAAUGCGCACAAUUCAGUUGAUGAACUCUGAAUCCCAGGCCAAUUAUAAGCAACUUGGCCGUCUGGCCAUGACUUAUGGCAAAGAACAUCACGUGAUUGCUGAUGGUCAAUGCAGGUCCCGAAAGCACCAUCGAGCGAUCGAUCUUGCCCUGUCAAAGCGGCUGGUGUGGGACCUCCUGAUUCUCCAGCGUCGAUCGGCAGGGUGCAUUUCGAACGAUGCCAAGUCAUGCUUUGAUUGGGUAGUUCACUGGGUGGCAGUGGUUGCCAUGAUACGGUUGGCCAUAACGUGGAAUGCACUUCGGAUGAUGUUUGACACGCUGGCAACAUCCACACGAACUGGCUUUGGAGAUUCCGAAGCAAGCUUCCGACCGCCGUCAAUGAUUCCUUUCCAAGGGUGCGGACAAGGCAACGGGGCUGGCCCCCCCAUCUGGGUCUCGGUCAGCUCUAUUAUUAUUCAAAUGAUGGUGGCAAUGGGUUUUGGAUUUGAGUGUCUCACGGCGAUCAACUCUCACUUGGUCACAGCUCAGUGCUUCUGUUUUGUGGACAACACGGACGUUAUUGAGGCAGGGGCGUCGGUCGAUCACUCCGGCGAGGACAUCUGCCAAUCGGUCCAGGCGGCUGCGUCCAUGUGGGCUGGAGGAAUUAGCGCUACCGGUGGAGCGAUCAACCCGGACAAGUCCUUUUGGUGGUUGAUCGACUUCGCGUGGGAUGGCAGGAAGGGACAAUGGACAUUCAGGAAGAAGAAUCAGUUGUUGCCGGACCACCGGCUUCAGAUUCCGGGCUUGUCCGGCAAAUUGGAAUCUCUCCGUCGCCUUGAGCCGGGGGAGGCAGAGAAGACAUUGGGAGUAAUGCUUGCGCCUCUCGAGGACCAGAAGGCCCAUGUUUCACAUCUGAAGGGUAUUGCCAAAGGGUGGGCUGAACAAGUUUGA